AUGCAGACCCAAACAUACAAAACAGGUGUGUCAAACAACUUUAAAAUUAUCUUCAAUUCAUGGAAUAUUAGGGGGUUAAGGCGAGAUGGGAAGUUGAGAAUGGUGAAGGAUCUAAAGAAUAAACAUAGGAUACAUAUGUUAGGUUUGACUGAAACUAAAAGGCAGAUAGUGACGAGAUUUGACAUUGCAAGAGUAUGGGGACAAGAUAGUCCAGGUUGGGAAUAUGUAGGUUCUGAUGAUAUGUCUGGUGGACUAUUGUUAAUUUGGGAUGAGGCGGUGUUUAAACUGAAUAAUUGCUAUAAGGUAGAGAGGUGGUUGUGUGUUGAAGGAGAGAUUUUAAAAAAUAGUUUCAACUGUGUGUUUGUUUUGGUCUAUGAUGCACAUGAUAGAGAUGAGGAGAUUAAGGUGUGGGAGGAGUUGAGUUAUAUAGUGGGGUUAUGUCAAGUUCUCUGCUGUUUUAUGGGAGACUUUAAUGAAAUAGUAGAUGUAGAGGAAAGGAGAGGUACCACUGGGUUAACACGAUCUACGGAAGAUUUUAAGUUUUGGAUACAGGACAUGAACUUAGUGGAUUUGCCACUCACUGACCGGAAGUUUACAUGGUUUUGA